CUACACCCACGCAAAGAGAUAAGAGAAAACAAGAGAUUUGUCUCGUAGCAAUAGGAAACUGCAAACCACCCAUUGCCAUUCCCCCUUUCCUUCAUCUGGAUAUUUCAUCUCCCAUUUGUUAUGUGUUAUUAAGGCAAUAAGACAAUGUUGCGCCUCUGCAACACAGCGCUCUCCUCAGCUGCAGGAUGCGCGUUGCCAUUAAUGAAAGGGGCAGGAGGACGACAAAUACUUUUGUACAGGCAACAACCAAAACAAUGGCCCAACAAACGAAAACAAUAUAAAACCUUCAUCCCAUCUCUCUGCAGUAGCAGAAAUCUAAUGAGCACAGAGGAAUUGAAAAGAAGAUCAAGCGUGUUGCUUCUAUCGAGUCCGGUAGUAGGAAUAGGAUUAGGCGUAGGCAGCGUAAGCCUAGAGGGGGUGCAGUCAGUAUUAGAGGCAGUAGGAGUGCUGGCAGCCAUUGUUACAGUGCACGAAUCUGGGCACUUCUUGGCAGCCUAUUUGCAGAACAUUCAUGUGAGUAAAUUCGCGAUUGGGUUCGGCCCCACGCUAUUGAAAUUUAAUGUGAAGAGUGUGGAAUGCUCUUUGAGAGCCAUUCCGCUGGGAGGGUAUGUGGGCUUUCCAGACAAUGAGCCGGAGAGUGUAAUACCCGCCGAUGACAAGGACUUGUUGAAGAACAGACCUAUCUUGGACCGCUUCAUGGUGACAGUGGCGGGCGUAGUGGCCAACAUGGUAUUCGCUUACAUAAUUCUGUUUGCGCAGGUUUUGACGGUGGGAAUGGUGGAGCAGGAGCCCUUUCCGGGCGUGCUCGUUCCGCAGGUGUUCUCUGGUUCGCCGGCCGCGAGGGACGGCAUGGAAUCGGGUGAUGUGGUGCUGGGCGUUAAUGGCCGCCUGUUCACCCUGGGGGAGCCCGCAGCGGCCGUUUUUGAUAUGGUGGAUAUCAUCAAAAAGAACCCAGGGAAGCCGCUUUCUCUUUUAGUGGAGAGGAGGAAGGUGGAGAGCAAAUUGCAGGUGGAUGUGACGCCUGAUGGGGCAGGGAAAAUUGGGGUUCAGCUCGCCCCCAAUGCCAAAAUUGUUAAGGUGAAAGCGCAGGGGGUUUUGGAUGGGGCUGUCCGGGCCGGGUCGGAGUUUGGGAGAGUUUGGGGGAAUGUGGUAGGAGGGCUAAAGCAGGUGCUCCUCAAUUUCUCGGAGACGGCCAGGCAGGUUUCUGGUCCUGUGGGGAUUGUGGCGGUGGGGGCGGAGGCAGCCCGCUCCACGGUUGAGGGGGUUAAUCUUUUUCAGUAUGCGGCUCUUGUUAAUCUCAAUUUGGCGGUGGUCAAUCUGCUGCCACUUCCGGCUCUGGAUGGAGGGUACUUGGCGCUCAUUGCCCUCGAGGCUGCACGAGGCGGUAAGAAGUUGCCCAAAGAGCUUGAGCAGGCUAUCAUGUCUUCUGGAAUCACUUUGCUUCUUUUUCUUGGCUUUUUCCUCAUUGUUCGUGACACUCUCAAUCUGGAUUUUGUUCGAGAAAUGCUAUAAUUCUUGGACAAGUUGUUUAAGGUACACAAUUAUACACGGGGGCACAAACUUGUGCUGAAUCCCUUACAUUUGAUCCAGCCUUCCACAACAGCAACUUUACCCCUGGUGCUCAAGGACGGACCUCCCAUUCAAAAUCCCCUAGAUAUUUGUACAAGAGUUAAGUAGACCAAACUAUUGCUCCAUCAUUAAGGAAAAGUUAUAGACUGCUUUCUGUAAAUCAAAAUAUUCUCUUUACCUA